GGAAGAAUAUGUCAAUGUGCGUGUAUAAAAGCACCAGUCAGUGGACUCAGACUUCAAUCAGAAUCAUCAAGAAAAAAUAAGACAUCUUCAGCAAGGCAUUUUAAGACGAGACAAAACUACAAUGUUCACCACAAACCUCAUCCUGGGCUCCCUUCUUCUGUUGGUGCAUUGUCGUUCUGCUGUUAGUAGGAAGGUGGACUGCACAGAGAGAUGCUGUCUUUUUGUGGAGAACGUCCCGGGGAAAUUAAAGAACCUCCGUGUCUUAUUUCAAGACAUCAAGGGUUAUUAUGAAGACAAUGAUGAUCUGGAGUCGGUGUUACUGGAUGACGGGGUGUUCCAGAACUUCAAGAGCCGAUACGGAUGCCACGCUGUCAACGAUGUCUUGCGAUUCUACCGGGACACCGUCCUGCCAGCGGCGAUGAAUGACACUCUGAAAAAUGAACAGUUCAAAUUAUCGAUCGACUCAAUUGGACAGACAUUCAAAACUCUAAUGCGAGACAUACUGGCUUGCAGAAACUACUUUUCUUGCGUGGAGCCAUUUGACAUCAAAAACAUUGUGAAGUCUUAUAAUGGGAUGGAGAGUAAAGGCAUGUUCAAAGCCAUGGGGGAAUUGGAUGUACUGUUUAACUACAUUGAAGAGUAUCUGGCGUCAAAGAGACGGAGGCAUUGAUGUGGAUGGCCUGAACUAAUCUUUGAACAGUGGAAGUCUUGAAGGACAUAACGAACAGACUCACACCAGGACAUCCACACUAACAGCUGGGUGGUCUGCUAUUUCGUUUCUCGGAACAUGGAUUGAGUGUGUGUGUGUCUGUGUGUUAAUUUAUUUCUGUUAAACAAAAAUGAAUCUGUACAAGUCAUAUUGACUGUUACUUGAAAGUCAACACAUCUUGCCUGUUACUUGCCUACACCAGUGUAAUAAUUGCAUAAUAUUAUUUAAUUUAAUUUAAGAAAUAAAUGCCACUGAACUGCCUCUGUAUUUAUAUUUGUACCGAAUUCAUCUCAAAAUAAAUUAUAUUUAUGCUUACAUUUGGUCAUGUUGGUUUGUGUGUUAAAAGUAAGAGUGACAGGCUGAGAAAAGACAGCCAGAACA